AUGGGCAAGCUGAUGAAGAUUGUAGGCAUGUAUAAAGAAGUAUUACUGUUUUAGCAAGUGGCCAUCUAAUAUGCAUCAAUUGGUCCGAAACCACCUGGAAGAAAGGAGAAUGAAGAACAGCAAAGACAUGGGAAAUAUGAGCCCAAGAGACAGAAAGGGCUACAUAAACCAAAGACUCUAUCAGCCUGAGACUGGAAGAAUUAGAUGGUGCCUGGCUACCACCAAUGACUGCCCUGACAGGGAAUAAUACAACAGAGAGUUCCUGAUGGAGCGAGAGAAAAGUGGGGUGCAGAACUGAAAUUCUAGUAAAAAAACCAGAUAUAAUGGUCUGGCUGAGACUGGAGGGACCUGAGAAGAUAUGGUCCCCAGACUCUGUUAGCCCAGAACUAAAACCAUUCCUGAAGCCAACUCUCCAGACAAAGAUUAGACUGGACUAUAAAAUGAUACUGGUGAAGAGUGUGCUUCUUGGCUGAAGUCGAUACAGGAGACCGAAUGGGCAGCUCCUGCCCAGAGGUGAGAUGAGGAGGCAGAAGGGGACAGGAGCUGGUUGAAUGGACAUGGGAAAUACAGAGUGGAGAGGAGUUCUUCAUGUGGGAUCCUCCAAGACAUAAACUGAAUUGCAUUUAAAGGCAACAUUUGGAAGAAAGUACAUCAGUACUCCUUCUUGUCUAAAAGAGAGAAAGAAAAGGGAAACAUAAUUUUGACAAAUAUUGAGACAUUCAAACACCAGUGAAAUGGAAAAACCUGCAAAAUAAAAUUCAGCAAAUACCUUAUACAAAAACAAAGAUCUGUGAAAGGUGUUUGUAAAAUAUUUUGUGAUUUAAUACUCUUUAAGCCUGCCAUAAUCAUCUGAGGUUGAUUUAUUCUUAAGAGUUUUUUCAUUCCCCUGAACAUUUUCAGCUUGUGACAGCUAGUUUCUUAAUAUCCCAGUUACUGAAAAGGAACUAGGAUAGAUAGUUCCUUAGCAGUUCUCAGUACUUCUUUAUAAUUUUUAGAGGAGGAAGGUGACAUCUAGGGAACGCUUAUUUAUGCAGAAAACUGUGCAAGAUACUUUAUAUAAUUAACACAAUUAAUCUUUACCACAACCUGAUGAGGUAGCUACUGUCACCUCCAUUUUCCAGGAAAGGAAACAGGCUUAGCAAAUGUAAGUGAUCUAGACCUUAGUAAGAACUGUCAUUUUUCUUCAAAACAUUUCACUUGUGUUACCUUGUUUGAACCUUACAGCAAAUUUAUACAUGUUUCUGUUUUACAGAUGACCAAACUGAGGGCCAGAGAGAUAAAUAACUUACCAAGGGCAUACUUGAAUAGUUUUAGGAAUCAUAAAAUCUGAGGGAGAUGUGGGCUUACUGUGGAAUUAUAUAAGAUGCUCAAGAUAUUCUUAAUGAUACUUUAUUGGAAUUAUUCACUUAUUAGAACUAUCCAGUGACAAUUGAAUAGAUGAGUGAUCUGUAACAUUAAUGGAAUGAGACAAGAGGUUGGCCCCAACUAAAAGUAAUGGAAUAAAACCUUCUUAAAUACAGAGAGUCCACAACUUUCAAUUUAGUAAUCUGAUUCAAUAAAGGAUAUAUAAAUGAAGAAGAAGAAUUGAUACCUUUGAAUUAUGGUGUUGGUGAAGAAUAUUGAAUAUACCAUGGACUGCCAGAAGAACGAACAAAUCUGUCUCGGAAGAACUAUAUCCAGAGUGCUCUUUGGAAGCGAGGAUGGUGAGACUUUGUCUCAGUACUUUGUACAUGUUAUCAGGAGGGGCCAGUCCCUGGAGAAGGACAUCAUGCUUGGUAAGGUAGUGGGUCAGCAAAAAAAAGGAAGACACUUGACGAGAUGGAUUGACAAGGUGGCUGCAACAGUGGACGCAAACACAGCAAUGAUUGUGAGGAUGGUGCAGGGCUGGGCAGUGUUUUCUGUUGUGCAUAGGGUUGCUGACUUGACGGCAGUUAACAACAAUGAAGAUGUUUAUUGCAAUGUUAUUUUUAAUAGUUAAAAAUCAGAAUUAGUCUGGAACAAGGAAUGGUUAAAUAAAGUAGAUGUAUCCACUUGAUGAGAUAUUAUAUAGCCAAUAACAUGACAGAUACAAACACUCUAAUAACAUGGAAAAUAUGGUAUGUGUGGAGCAAAGGAAAGCAGAAUACAAACUGUUACGUUUAUAUCAGUUACAAUCAUGUAAAAAUUAAGUGUCAUGGAUUGAAUUGUGUUCCCCAAAAAUGUGUGUAUCAGUUUGGCUGGGCCAUGAUUCCUGGUAUUUUGUGAUUGUCCACCAUUUUGUCAUCUGAUGUUAUUUUCCUAUGUGUUGUAAAUCCAGCCUCUAUGAUGUUAUGAUGUCCUAUAGGGUCGAAGGCACUGGGUUAUGAUGUUAAUGAAGGGGGAUGGGUGGCAGUUGUGUUGAUGAGGCAGCACUCAGUCCACAGGAUUGGAUUGUGCCUUGAGCCCAUUUCUUUUGGGAUAUAAAAGAGAGAAGCGAGCAGAGAGAUAUGGGGACCUCAUACCACCAACAGCAGUGCCGGGAGCAGACUGCGUCCUUUGGACCUGGGGUUCCUGUGCAGUGAAGCUCCCAGAUGAGGGGAAGAUUGAGGACAAGGACUUUCCUCCAGAGCUCACAGGGAGAAAGCCUUCCCCUGGAGCUGAUGCCUUGAAUUUGGACUUCUAGCCUACUUUACUUGUUGGGAGAAGGAUUGGUGAAGGGAGACGGUGCCUUUCGGGCAGUGCUUUGCUGCAUGCAGCUGAAAGGAAAGCUCCAGCCUGUGUCCAGCAUUCUUGCCAAGUCACUGACAGGAGAGUCCCUGAAUGGGAUGGUAACAAAAGAUUUAACAAGACUAAAAACACUUCUCACAGAAACAGAGACAGCAACGAGUAACGUCCUCUCUGGAUAUCACGUGGAAGACUUAGAAGAGGGAUCUUGUAAUGGUUGGCAUUUCCGCCCACCACCUAGGGGAAUCACAAGCAGCGAGGAAUAUACUUUGUGUAAAAGAUUUUUAGAGCAAGGAAUCUGUAGGUAUGGUGCCCAGUGUACUUCAGCACAUUCCCAGGAAGAACUAGCAGAAUGGCAGAAAAGAUAUGCUUCACGGUUGAUAAAAUUGAAACAACAAAAUGAGAAUAAACAGCUCUCAGGCAGUUACAUGGAAACCUUGAUAGAAAAGUGGAUGAAUUCAUUAUCUCCAGAGAAAGUGCUCAGUGAGUGUAUAGAAGGAGUAAAGGUAGAACAUAAUCCGGAUCUGUCGGUCACUGUCAACACCAAAAAGUCGCAUCAGACGUGGACCUUUGCUCUCACUUGUAAGCCUGCAAGAAUGCUGUAUCGUGUAGCGUUGCUUUAUGAUGCUCAUCGUCCUCAUUUUAGUAUCAUUGCAAUAUCUGCCGGAGAUAGUACUACCCAGGUAUCACAAGAAGUCCCAGAAAACUGUCAAGAAUGGAUAGGAGGAAAGAUGACCCAAAAUGGAUUAGAUCAUUACGUGUAUAAAGUCGGGAUAGCAUUUAACACAGAAAUAUUUGGAACUUUUCGCCAAACCAUAGUUUUCGACUUUGGAUUAGAACCAGUACUCAUGCAAAGAGUAAUGAUUGAUGCAGCUUCUACAGAAGAUCUUGAAUACCUGAUGCAUGCAAGACAACAGCUAGUAACCACAGCUAAGCGUUGGGAUUCUUCUUCUAAGACUAUUAUAGAUUUUGAGCCUAAUGAAACUACUGAUUUGGAGAAGAGCCUUCUUAUCAGAUACCAAAUUCCUCUCUCUGCUGACCAGCUAUUUACCCAGUCUGUUUUAGACAAAUCAUUGACCAAGAGCAACUAUCAGUCACGGUUGCAUGACCUUCUUUAUAUUGAGGAGAUAGCCCAGUAUAAAGAAGUCAGCAAGUUCAACCUUAAAGUGCAAUUGCAGAUUCUAGCAAGCUUCAUGCUCACUGGAGUUUCUGGAGGUGCAAAGUAUGCUCAAAAUGGACAACUUUUUGGCCGCUUUAAGCUUACUAAAACACUUUCUGAAGAUACUUUGGCUGGACGACUGGUGAUGACCAAAGUCAAUGCUGUUUAUUUAUUACCAGUCCCUAAAGAGAAGUUAGUACAGACCCAGGGAACCAAAGAGAAGGUUUAUGAAGCUACUAUUGAAGAAAAAACAAAAGAAUAUAUAUUUUUAAGGCUAUCCAGGGAAUGCUGUGAAGAACUUAAUCUCCGACCUGAUUGUGACACACAGGUUGAACUUCAGUUUCAGUUAAAUCGCUUACCCCUCUGUGAAAUGCAUUAUGCACUAGACAGGAUCAAGGACAAUGGGGUUUUGUUUCCAGACAUCACUAUGAAUCCCACUAUACCUUGGAGUCCCAACAGACAGUGGGAUGAGCAGUUGGAUCCUCGACUAAAUGCAAAACAAAAAGAGGCUGUUCUGGCUAUUACAACUCCACUUUCUAUACAGCUGCCACCUGUUCUUAUCAUCGGACCCUAUGGGACAGGCAAAACGUUCACUCUAGCUCAGGCUGUGAAGCACAUACUCCAGCAACAGGAGACUAGCAGGAUUCUCAUUUGCACCCAUUCUAAUAGUGCUGCUGACCUCUACAUAAAGGAUUAUUUACAUCCAUAUGUAGAAGCAGGCAAUCCCCAGGCAAGACCUCUCAGGGUAUAUUUCAGAAAUCGCUGGGUGAAGACUGUCCACCCAGUUGUGCAUCAGUACUGUUUGAUCUCAAGCGCACAUUCCACCUUUCAGAUGCCACAGAAGGAAGAUAUUCUUAAACAUCGAGUGGUUGUUGUUACGUUGAAUACUUCCCAGUACCUCUGUCAGUUGGACCUUGAACCUGGGUUUUUUACACACAUUCUGUUAGAUGAAGCUGCACAGGCCAUGGAGUGUGAAACCAUUAUGCCCCUAGCAUUAGCAACUGCGAGCACUCGGAUCGUCCUGGCUGGAGACCACAUGCAGCUCAGUCCUUUUGUUUACAGCGAGUUUGCCAGGGAGAGAAACCUUCACGUCUCAUUACUUGAUCGACUUUAUGAGCACUACCCUGCUGAGUUUCCCUGUAGGAUCCUCCUGUGUGAGAACUACCGCUCCCAUGAAGCUAUCAUCAAUUACACUUCUGAGCUUUUUUAUGAAGGCAAACUGAUGGCCAGUGGAAAGCAGCCAGCACACAAAGAUUUCUACCCACUAACUUUCUUCACAGCGCGAGGAGAAGAUGUGCAAGAAAAAAAUAGCACAGCUUUUUAUAAUAAUGCAGAGGUAUUUGAAGUGGUGGAACGUGUAGAAGAGUUGAGAAGGAAGUGGCCAGUAGCGUGGGGGAAGUUAGAUGAUGGCAGUAUUGGCGUGGUGACUCCGUAUGCCGAUCAAGUGUUUAGGAUACGUGCUGAACUUCGAAAAAAGAGAUUGUCUGAUGUUAACGUGGAAAGGGUGCUCAACGUUCAAGGAAAGCAAUUCAGAGUUCUGUUUCUUAGCACCGUGCGUACAAGGCAUACUUGUAAACACAAACAGACACCAAUUAAAAAGAAAGAGCAACUGCUGGAAGAUUCCACGGAGGAUUUAGACUAUGGUUUUUUAUCUAACUACAAGCUUCUCAACACUGCCAUCACCAGAGCACAGUCCCUGGUUGCUGUAGUGGGUGAUCCCAUUGCUUUGUGCUCUAUUGGAAGAUGCAGGAAAUUUUGGGAGCGGUUUAUUGCCCUGUGUCAUGAAAAUAAUAGCCUUCAUGGAAUCACUUUUGAACAGAUUAAGGCUCAGUUAGAGGCUUUAGAACUAAAGAAGACGUAUGUGUUGAAUCCACUGGCACCUGAAUUUAUUCCCCGUGCUCUAAGAUUGCAGCAUACAGGAAAUACCAGCAAACAACAGCAGUCGCCACCCAAGGCGAAAGUCCUUCAUCAUACCCAGAAUGAUCAUUUUCAGAAUGAUGGAAUUGUUCAGCCCAAUCCUUCUGUACUUAUUGGCAAUCCUAUUAGAGCAUAUACUCCUCCACCCCCUCUUGGACCUCACCCAAAUUUGGGAAAAUCUCCAAGCCCCGUUCAAAGAAUAGACCCUCACACUGGGACAAGUAUUCUUUAUGUACCUGCUGUCUAUGGAGGGAACGUAGUUAUGUCGGUGCCUUUACCUGUACCAUGGACAGGAUACCAGGGUAGGUUUGCAGUUGAUCCUCGAAUCAUUACACACCAGGCAGCGAUGGCCUAUAAUAUGAACCUAUUACAGACACAUGGACGAGGGUCUCCUAUACCUUAUGGCCUUGGACAUCACCCACCUGUCAGCAUAGGGCAGCCACAAAAUCAGCAUCAGGAGAAGGAUCAACAUGAGCAAAAUCGGAAUGGUAAAACUGACACAAAUAAUCCUGGACCUGAAAUUAAUAAGAUUCGAACACCAGAGAAAAAGCCUACAGAACCAAAACAGGUUGAUUUGGAAUCAAAUCCACUUAACAGAAGUCCUGAAUCACGUCCUGGCGGUGUUUAUCCCAGUACCAAAUUUCAUCGCAAAGAUAAUCUCAACCCCAGACAUAUAAAUCUUCCUCUUCCUGCUCCCCACGCACAGUAUGCAAUCCCUAAUCGCCAUUUUCAUUCCCUUCCCCAGCUACCAAGACCGCCAUUUCCAAUUCCGCAGCAGCACAGUUUGUUAAAUCAGCAGCAGAAUAAUUUGCCUGAGCAGCCCAAUCAAAUGCCACCCCAACCAAAUCAGGUAGUCCAGCAGCAGAGUCCAUUGAAUCAGCAGACUCAGCAGCCACCUCCUCAACUCUCUCCUGCAUACCAGGCAGGACCCAACAAUGCUUUUUUUAAUAAUGCAGUUUCUCAUCGACCACAGUCUCCUCCUGUGGAGGCUGUGAUUCCUGAACAGCAGCCCCCACCCAUGCUGCAAGAAGCCCACAGUCCUCUGAGAACCGUUGCACAGCCCAGCCCCAUCCUUCCUUCACAUCUGAAUAAUUUCAUUGAAGAGAACUCCUCAGGAUUGCCAAUAGCGGAGGCGUUAGAUCGUAUGCAUGGGAGUGUAGCUCUGGAAACAUUAAGGCAGCAGCAAGCGAGGUUACAGCAGUGGAACGAGCAUAAUGCUUAUCUCAGUCAAGGCAGUAUUCCAUACCCACACCAUCACCAUCCUCACCUCCAACAUCUCCCUCAGCCGCCCAUUGGAUUACAUCCGCCGCCAGUGAGAGCCGACUGGAAGCUCACCAACAGUGCCGAAGAUGAAGCAGAAACAACGUACUCAAGGUUUCAAGACUUAAUCAGAGAACUGUCUAAUCGUGAUCAAAGUGAAACACGAGAACUAGCUGAAAUGCCACCACCUCAGUCAAGACUUUUGCAAUAUAGACAAGUUCAGACUAGGAGCCCUCCAGCAGUCCCAUCUCCCCCGUCCAAUUCAGACCACAGUAGCCACUUUUGUAACUUUAAUGACAACAGCAGAGAUGUUGAAGUAGCCAGCAACGCAGCAGCGUUUCCGCAGCGCCUACCGCCCCAGAUGUUCAACUCGCCUUUCUCUUUGCCAUCGGAACACAUUGCGCCUCCCCCCUUGAAGUAUCUGGCGCCUGAUGGAGCAUGGACUUUUGCUAACUUACAACAGAAUCAUCUAAUGGGGCCGGGCUUUCCCUAUGGCCUACCUCCAUUGGCUCACAGGCCACCACAGAACCCUUUUGUGCAAAUACAGAAUCAUCAACAUGCUAUUGGUCAAGAGCCAUUUCACCCAUUAUCAUCUCGAACAGUAUCUUCUUCUUCGCUCCCUAGCUUAGAAGAGUAUGAACCCAGAGGACCUGGUCGGCCCUUGUACCAAAGAAGGAUCUCAUCCAGCUCAGUGCAGCCUUGUUCUGAAGAAGUAAGCUCUCCUCAAGAUAGUCUUGCUCAGUGUAAAGAGCUUCAGGACCAUAAUCACCAAUCUUCUUUCAACUUUUCAUCCCCGGAGUCCUGGGUAAACACCACCUCAUCUGCCCCCUACCAGAACAUUCCGUGCAAUGGACCCAGCAGGACAGCCCAGCCCAGAGAGUUGAUAGCUCCUCCCAAGACUGUCAAACCCCCUGAAGAUCAACUGAAGUCGGAAAACCUGGAGUUGUCCAGUUCCUUCAACUACAACGUGCUGCAGCAUCUUGGCCAGUUCCCACCCCUCAUGCCCAACAAGCAGAUUGCGGAGUCAGCCAACAGCAGUAGCCAGCAGAGCUCUGUGGGGAGCAAGCCUGCCAUGUCCUAUGCCAGUGCUCUGCGCGCCCCUCCCAAGCCCAGACCCCCACCUGAGCAGACUAAGAAGAGUAGCGACCCUCUGUCUCUGUUCCAGGAACUUAGCCUGGGGAGCGCCUCGGGCAGCAAUGGCUUUUACUCGUAUUUUAAAUAAUCACUUUUUUCCUCAAGGGAGAGUUUUAAUUUCUGUUUGUAUCGAUAGAAUUAAGAUAGUUGGACUUCACCCAUAGAUGCACAGUUCCCUUUGUUUUUAAUAUGAAAUAUGUUCUCACUUAAUUGCUUUGCUGCUAGACUUGCAACUAAUUUUUUAAAAGUAUAUUCCAUUAUUUUGCAUUUUCGAUGUGUCAGAAUUUUGACAGCUUUUAUGUAGAAUAAAAAAUAUUUUUAAAUUUGUGUAUUGUUACAUACGUUUGCAUCAGGCUAGCAGCUAAGAAGUUAAUUGUGCAACUAUAAAAAAAAAAGAAAAGUUUGUCUAAAAUGUAUUUAAAAAGAAAAAAAAAAUUGUAAGUAGCAUUUACAUUUAUUCAAUAAUAUUACCAUAUGCUGGGUUUCUGUACCAGAAAUGACCAGUUGAUGUACAAAUGUAUGUUAUUUUUGCUUAAAUUCAUUUAAAAUUUUUUAAAAUAAAGGGGCAGCAUCUUCUAAAUACUUUAAGUUUUAUCAGCUUUUUUUUUUUGUGUGUGACAGGAUGCUGCAUUCUAAAACUUUCAUAGUUUUAGAUUACAUAAGAUGUGCUGUUGUAUCUCCAUCCUCCACAGGAUAGAGUGAGAGGCAUCUUUGCAGGUGUAUUUAGUGUGCCACUGGUUUUUAAAAAGUGAAAAAACAUUGGCAUACUUAUUUUGUUUUUUGGACAAGCUACACUUCAAGCUUGUUUUUAACAUUAAUUUGAUAGUGUUUUUUUGUUGUUGUCUUGUUUUUUUAAAACAAAUCAUGAAACUGAAAAAUUUUUAGGAUUGUUGGUGCUUAGUAGACUUGAUAACUAUUUUAAAAAUGCGUGAAUUUAGUAAAAUCCUUUUUUCCUUCCUCCCCCUUACUACGCAUGUGUAAAUGUUUGUAACCUGGCUUCCCCUCCUUCUCUAGUGGUAUAAAGACUUGUGCCGCUUUAAGAUUUUUUUUUUUUCCCCUCAGUAAAAGUUUUGGUACCUUAUUUGAUGUUUACAUUAAAAUGUGACAUUAUACAUGGAAAUUCAAAUAUUUUGCUAACUGUUUUGUUUGAGGAACAUCAUUAAAGAAGAAAUACAAUGUUUGUCAAAGAUGUAUCAAAAUUCAUCUAAAUCUGAAGUAGAAAGCCACCCUUGUUUUUCAUCUCUUUCAGUUCUUCUAAAGUAACCCCACUGAACUUGUAUAAAAAGAUACAAUUUAAAUAGCUAUCUUAAAUAUUCUACGGUCUACAAAUUGUUUUGAAUGAACUUUGGUAAAAUCCAAAGGAGAACAUUUACCCUCUUAAAACUUGUGGUCUUGUAAUAUUUUUGAAGCAAUGCAUGUCCUUAUCUUUCCUGAUCUAGCAGUACUGCUUUUAUACUUCCAAGAGAUCUUGAAACUAUAAUCUAACUUUUUUUUAAAAAAUAAGAUGAGUCUGCAAAUGAACCUAACCUUCCUGAUGAUCCAUUCAAAAUUCUUUUUUAUUUUUUUGGAGGACAACUUUUAAUAGGCCAUGAUUAUUAGAAGAACAUUUUUAAAAUGGGGUUGAAAAGUGGCAGGGGGAAAGAAAAACUACCGUCUCUUACCUGGAGUUUAGUUUACGUUGGCCACCUAUAAUCCCCUGUAGCCCUCAGACCAUUUAGGAUGAGAUAGUGCCUUUCCUGAAAGGUCCGUAAGCUACAGGACAAGCGAGGCAUGCCUCUUUCCUUCAGCUCUGUCAUCUUACUCAGAGUGCAAUUCAUUUGUAUGUGGCUUCACAUGACAGGCUGCGGGUCUCUGUGUGAGUGGACAGAUGUCAACCUGUAGACUGCAGACAUGCUAAUGGUUAGUGUAAUUCAGUCAGAAAACUGAGCUGGCAGGUUCCACCACUGCAUUUUCUUUGUAUGAAGUUAGAUCACCACGUUUAGCUAUGUCCAGUUGUGCUCAACAUGCUUUAGUCAGAAGAAAAGAAGAAAAAGAUUUGCCUUGUAGUUCUGACCUGCCAACUCUUUGAUGAAACACAAGACAUAGCUCACGUGGAAAUUAGGUGUCCCUCAUGUGAGGGUGCGUAUGAAAACUGAUUUCCUGGGUGUUAAUGAUUUCCCCUCCGGAGUGUACAGGACUGCAGCACAGGCUGGGUACAUGUUCCAGAGGCAUCUCGGUAACAUGGAGACAGAACUGUAAUGUCAGGACUUUCGGUGGAACCGUCAUCAUGAAAUCAUUGCCUCGUUUUCUGUUUCCCAUACUUGAACCUUAAAAAAACAAUCAGUUUUUAAAUUAUUUACUUAAGGGCGUCAUGUGCAAACCUUUCUGUAAAUAGAUCGAUCAUGGAAGCUUUGGAGAAAGAAGCUGUUAAGUUGUGACAUCCCUGUUCUAAGCAGUUAUUUCCAAAAAAUUAAAAAUAAUGGCUGCUUAUUAGUCAGCGGCUCUGCUGUUAGUGUCCAGGUGUUUCUCGGGUCUUUAUUAUUUCGAAUGCUGUUUCCAUCUGAUACUCUUUGGGUUCUGCCCUGAAUGCUUAUUUUAACCUCUAACAAGCUUACUUUUCCUCAUCGUUAUUCUAUGCCGUCUUUCCAACCACGCUUUAAAGAACCUGUUAUUUACUUGUAGUAGCUUAUAAUGGUUUUGAGCAAGUCUUACUGUAAGAAUCAUUGCAAGUUUCCUUGAAAUGAGGCAUGGCUUCUGAAGACAGUUGAUGGUUUUGGAUAUUAUUUGGGUAGUAAUUAGCGAACACCCACAAAUUAGACUUAUAAAACCUAACUUUAUAUACUAAAUUCAACCUUAGCACUCAGAUGGAACUCAUAUAUGUAUUUAUAUAUUUUUUAGAAAACUUGAUGAUAGCCCCCUGGUAAUACCAAGUUCAUUUUCCUCCAGAAGAGUCCUCUUCUAAGUGAGGUUACUUAUUGACAUGCUGUCUUUUGUUCUUUGUAUCACUUUGUAUCCGUCUGAAGUUUCCUUUUUCUUGCCAGAAACAUUUUUUAUUCAUUUUACUCUUUCAGUGCUACUUGAGAUUUCCCUUUUUUACCUUAAAGAAAUUAUUUUUGGUGAUAGAGUUUGUAAAGUAGAAUAUUCAUGCUUUUUUUUUUUUUUUCCUGAUCUGAAAAUGAACUUCGGUUAAAAUUUGAAGAGCUUCAUUCAGUUUAACAUGGAUACUUUCUGGUGUGUUUUUUAAAAGAGGCUUUGGUUGCCAUUUUGGCAUAUGCUUUGCCAGAUUGUUAGAGCAGAGCUUUGUUUUGAUUAAUCAGUAGUUAAUUAUUGACCAUUUAAACUAACAUGGCCUUAAUUUUCCUUUUCUCACACAGAUACGCUUCCUAUCCAGGUCGUUUUGUAUAUGUGAAAUAACUUUGUGUGCCUCGUGUGAUUUUUCUCAUCAGAGUUUCUAGAAUAAGUUCAGAUUCCAUGUAAACAGCAACUGGUCUUUUCAGUUCAAAGAAUUGCAGAGUAAGUGAAAUAAGCAGAAUUCCCACUGUGUAAGCAUCACCUAAUUAAACCCAGCAAUCUCAAAGACUGAUUUAUGAAAGUCGUUUCCUUGUUUAUGGAAGCAUUGAAGUGGCUGACAAAGCUAACUGUAUUUCCUAACUUUGGGUAAUUAAUAUAUCUUCGAAACCCUGGUGGUGCAGUGGUUAAGAGGUAUGGCUGCUAACCAAAAGGUCAUCAGUUCGAAUCCACCAGGCGCUCCUUGGAAACCCUGUGGGACAGUUCUACUCUAUCCUCUAGGGUCGCUAUGAGUCAGAAUCGACUCGAUGGCAACAGGUUUGGUUUUUUGCUUUUGGUAUUUUUUUUUUGCUGUAGUGUAGUUGAUUUUAUGUGUUUACUAGUUUUCAUGUCCUUGCAUCUCAAGAGCAAAGCUAUAAAACGUAAGAGAAUGUAUCUGUAGCUGCCUUGGCACAAGGAGAGUCAGGGAGUGGAAAACAAUUUCAAGAUAAAUUUUCUUCACGUUUUAACUAUUAAGAAAAGGAGAUUCACCAAUUUUAGACGUUUAAAAAAUAAACACCUGUUAUCCUUGGCAUUGUUUCAUAUUGGAGUUGUUUUUAAAAAAGUAAUCCCGGUAAAGGUUUAAAAUACAAGGUAAAAACUUUAAAUAUAUUGAAAGUCACAAAUCACUGUCUUAAAACGUUAUUUAGGCUAGCCAAGUGAUUUUUUUCUUCCAGUUCCUAAAAGGUAGUAAUUUGCCUUCCCUGAUUUACCAGACAUUAUUGCUUGCUAACCAUCCCCUUGGGCUCAAACAUAGAAAUGACUGUGAGGGUGGCGCAGGAUCGGACAGUAUUUGAUUCUGUUGCUCGUAGGGUCGCUCUGAGCCAGAACUGACUCAAUGGCACCUAACGACGAGGACCAGCCCCUUAACAUAUGAAAGCCCUCAAUUUCUUAAAAAAAAAAAAAAAAUUUUUUUUUUUCAAUUUCUACUACCGCUUUAUAUGUCUUCCUGCACCUCGAAGUAAAUGUCUUAGUGCAUCUGAUUUUUCUUGCCCCUCUUUGCCAUCUGAAAUUAGAAAAAUGGAUCCUGUUGUAACUAUGAUUUCUUGUUCAAAAUAGCACUUAGUGGUACCGUCGCAUGUUAUAAAGCUAUCAUCAUGAAAGAGUAGGUGGCUGCUAGUCUUCAAAGUGUGCAUUAUGAUGGACUUCUCACGUUUCCUGUCUACUGGAGGGUGGAUAUUUAUUUGCUGAGAUUUACUGUAAAGCUUCUAAAUUCACACUUACUCCUUUUGUACCUGUUCAAUUAGCAAUUUUGAGACCGUUGUUACAAGGAGUGACUCUGAUGUUUAAAAUUCUUAUUAAAACACAUUCAGGAAAUGGUGUUAUGUUAUUACUUUAAACUAGAAUAUCAGAUUAAAAAUUAAAAAAUAGUUCUAAUUAACCUCGAAAUUUUUUGAGCUGAUUGAAAAGAUUUGCUUUGGAGUGAACUUUAAGGCAAAAGAGUCACCAGUGUGAGUUUCUGCAGCUUUUUUGAAGUGAGGUACCUAACAGAAAAAUCUAGACUUAGAAGUGUGAACUGCACUUAGAUCCUAAACCCCACUUAAACAGUGGGGCCUGAAGCUUCUGAGACUGGGUGUUAUGAAAAUCCAGAGACAUUCAUAUGCUUAGAGUUUCAGUAAUUGGAGAGUUAGACCAGGUUUUAUUUGCCGCUUGUUCAACAGAAAUUUUAUUUUGAUACAAAUAUUAAGCAUAAAACAUAAUGAGUUUUAUAUAAUUCUGACUUCAUUAAACAAUAUUAGGAAAUUUUCAUUAUGUCCUUGGGGAGUCUUUUUAGAUAUUUUUUGCACCUGAUGUAUGAGGUCUCCUCUGUAUUUUAUUUUAGAUGCUAGCAUGUGAUUGCCUGCCUUAGAACUAUGUAUAGGAGGAGAAAUCAAUAUUACCUUUUAAAAGAUGUUUGGUUUUAUAAUAAAUUUUUUCAUGAUGACUUUUCUAAUAUUUGAGAAGUAAUGGCAAAGGGGUGGCAGAUUAUAUAGGUUUCAAAUAGUGUAGCCAGCCACACACAAGUAGGAAUGAAGAUCAAGUAUCUAUUUACAAAUCUGUCCUAUUUUAAGGUUUUAGAAUUGUGACCAGUAUAGAGCAGUGGUUCUCAAACUUGAGCAAGCAUUAGAAUUACCAGGAAGUCUUGUUAAAAUAGAGCCUACCGCCUCCUACCCCCAGAGUUCCUGAUUCUAGAGCCUGAGAAUUUGCAUAUCGAACUAGAUCUCAGGCGACUCUGAUGCUGCUGGUCCAGGAACUACAGUUUAAGAGCCACUGGUGGAGAGAAAAUCUCAAGGUCUUUUCAACCACCCAUAUUUUCAGAGUUGUGAUACCAUGAGUGGAACAUUCUGGGGAAAGGGCUCUAUUGGAUUGGUUGCUACCCUCCACCUUCCCCUGUUUAGGGCCGCUGCCGCUCCUCCACAUGAGGGUGCAGGAGCGCUUUCAUUUCUAGGGUGCGUGUGGUUUUGCAAGCACUGCUGCCUGGACUUUGGAAGUGUGUGUAUUCGUAUGACGUCCGUAGAGUCAGCCUUGAUCCGCACACAGGGAGGCACUGUGGAAGGCAUCAUCAGGAUGUCAGGAGAAUGUGCUUAGCAUUUACAGAGGCACUAAGUGCAGGGGGCGCUGUACUAGGAUGGCAGUGACAAGAUCAUGGAAAACAGUAGGUAACCCCCAAAUUAUGUAUUCCUAGUUUUUAUGUUUUUUUUUUUUUGCGGCGAGGUGAUUCCAAAUGCUUUGCUUUUCAAAUGAUAUGUUUCUCAGGUUAAAACAAUGUUAUUUUUAAUCCUUUGCUGUGCCAGCAGAUGUGGGAGGACCCUUAAAGUGUUGUAUAUGGCAGAAAAUUGAUAAUUGUCUCUGAUUACUUUGCUCCCUUAAAAACAGAUAAUGUUUCCAAAACAGUCUAGGGGAAUCCACCAGCUACACAGUGUGAGUUAUUCAUAAGCCAUAGGUACACAUGUAUGAGCAAGUUAGUUUUUUGAGAAAGGAACUGCCUAUAAUGUAAUCACUCUGACUGGUCUUUGGCUGUUUUAAAAUUUGUGUGUUGUCUUUGAUGUUGUUAAUAUCCACCCUGGACUGCAGCCUGGGGGAUAUUAGGCUCUGCCUCUGGUUUUUAGUUUGGCUUUGAACUUACUGAGAUACUAGAGAAAAAAUUUUUUUAAAGAAUAUAUUUUUAAGGUGAUAGGAUAUAGAAUGACCUAGACAUGCAAGUAAACAUGGCAACCGUUCUAGAACACCCCGUCGUGGGAUUCUUAAAGCUCGGUACUUCCUACUUGAAAGGCUCGAUGACCUUUGGUGGAAUUACUGAAAUAUUGAGCAGAAGUUCCUUUACCCAGUUCCAGCUUCCAAGGAGCUUCAUUUUCUUUACUUUUUGCUUUGCAUGAUUCCUUGUGUGAGACCUCUUUAUAUAUUUCAAUAGGUCAGAGGGCCCUUCUGUCCAGGAUAUGGUCCUAGUGAGUCAGUUACACCUGAGAAUGUUCUCGGCCCCUCCCAUAGAGAGGAUUUUCAUACAUCCAGACCAUGCCUGCUUUCUGUAAAUCCAUGUAUACAACAUUGUACUGUAUCCGCUUUCUGUGCCAGUCAUCCAACUUGAUUCUUUGAAACCCAUGAAGGUACUGGUUAUACCUUAGUAGUGGUAGUAUCCUAGGUAAAUCUGGUGAUUGAAAUACCUCUCUUUAAAUUAUAAACGUAAUGGGUUUUGCAUUUCAUUAAAGGGUCCUGUUAUUAGUGAUGCAGGGUUUGUUGUUGUUUUUGUUUUUGUAAUGCUUCAAAAAUGUAGUUCUUUCCUAAACUUGUCCAGCUAACUUUGUAUGAUUAGUUAGUUAGCAGAUUCCUAUUGGGUCUUACUUUGAAAAGUCUUUCUAAGGGAGGCCAUAUAAAAUGGAGGUGGUCAGUUUCCAUCUCUGAUGUGAAAAGUACCAGUUGUGCAGCCAUCUAAUUAAGCUUAAUUUAUGGCAAAAUGAUCACAAAAUUAUUUUUUUCUUUGUGGUUAAUGAUACCUCAUCUGCGAGGUCCUAAUAGCUAAAAGAAUUUAUUCUUAAAAAUGAAAGUGACUUUGUACCAUAAAAUGACCCCAAAGCCACUCCCUAGGGUUUUGGGGGUUUUUUUCUUUUUUUUUUUUUUUCUAAACUUAGUUCUUCAGUUCUUUUAGCCACUUUGGCUUCAGUUUGGGGUCUACAGUUCAUACGGUGUGAUCAUUGUCUCAGUGAAGUUCUUUUGUUUGAAAAGAUUCAUGGUAACACAAAAUGUAUUUUACUGCGACAACUAAAAUGUAUUUAUAAUAAAAUGCCUUUUUAAUAAUA